CAGUGAUGAUGAAAUGGCCCGGUAGUUGUACGUUGAUCCAUUAUUUUUGCUAUGAGCAAAGCAAAGUUUGUGGAAAUAACUGACGCAAUAUCCUAGCCGAUGCAUUCCGACAACGAGACCGCGGUGACGACGAGGGAUGGCCUCUUGUCGCCACCGCCACCCGCAUUCUCUGUGCGAAUCGUGACAACCGACCACUACAUGGCGCCACCGGUCGCCGGUCUCGACGUCUGCUACUCCGACUUUCGCCGUUCCGAAGUCUUCCGCGUUCCCAUCGCGCGCAUUUUUGGUUCGACGCCAGCAGGUCAGAAGACGUGCCUUCAUCUUCACGGCAUCUUUCCUUACAUCUGCGUCCCCGCCGGAGUUGUCCCAGAUGGCGCCGGCAACAGGCAUCUCCACCAGAUGGCGGCGGGCAUCGACCGAGCGCUGAACUCGGCGUUGGGAAAACCCGGGGCACAGACGCAGCACGUUUACAAGAUUUCGAUCGUCCUCGGCAUGCCCUUCUACGGUUACCAUGGCAGCGAGUGCCCGUUCAUGAAGAUCUACUUCUACAACCCCGGCAUGCUGAAGAGGGCGGCGGAGCUGCUCGCUGCCGGCGCGAUAAACAAUAGAACGUACCAGCCGCACCAGGCGCACUUCACGUUCUCGAUGCAGUACUUCGUCGACUACAACCUCUACGGCAUGAACUUAGUCCGGCUGGGCCGCGUGAGGUUCCGCCGUGCGCUCGCAGACGGUAACGCCGUGCCCACCGCCCGUGGCGAUGAUUCCGCCCACCCCUUGUCGGGCGACACCACCGCCCCUACUGGCACGUAGACAACCUCCCGCGGACAUGCUGCUGCACCAGAGGUCGCUAGGAUCAGCGUCUGUGAUCUGGAGGUGGAUGCGUCGGCCGAGGAUAUACUGAAUAGGAGCGGAGACCGCCGCGUAGUCAGGAGCUAGAACCCGGUGGUUGAUCGCUCUGUGG